AUGAGACCGCAACACACACAUAUACACACACACAGUCUCAUGUGGAACGUAUAUAAUUUUGUUUUUGGAAGUUAUAAUAAAGAAGAACAAAAGAGGUGGUGGCCCGGUGCCAUAGACAAUCGAGUGAGAAGCUCGGCGGAAUCCGGGCGUGAUAAGGACGUUUUCGGGAGACGGGUGAGGGAAGGGAAAAGGCGAGAUGGUGUCGGAGAAGCAAUUGAAGUUUUGCCAAGUAACUGUAUACCUAUAUAUAUACGUUUAGAGCCAAUUGCGGUGAACUACGCAUUGGGAUGUCACCCUUCAGCUAGCAGACUAUGUGGUGUAUCAUUGCGAUCCCAAAAACUGUAA